AGUUGGCAAGCAGCAGAUUGGCUGUCAUCUGUGUCUCAAGAUGCCAGCAGUUAGCAAAGCAGACCCUCUGAGUUUGCUCACAGGAACAAACUGGGUUACACGGCUGCUGGCACAGAAGAAACAAAGAAGCCUUGAAGUAACUUCCUCAUGGAGGCAUGAACAAAGAUUUCCAACGAACAAAGAAAAAGAAAUAGCCCUUGGAACUGCAAGUGUGUUCUGAAAACUGAUGCCACGAGGCAGAUAUGGGAAAGAUGACUGAAAAGAGUGGUUGCUACAGGCCUGUAAACAUACAGGGAAAUAAGAUCAGUUACCACGGCACUUGUCAAGAGAGCCCUGAGAAGGGGAUGAAAAGACUGCAGAAGCGAUUUCUCCACAAGGAUGGCAGCUGCAAUGUGUACUUCAAACACAUCUUUGGCGAGUGGGAGAGCUACGUAGUGGACAUAUUCACCACACUGGUGGACAUCAAGUGGCGCCAUAUGUUUGUGAUAUUCUCCUUGUCUUAUGUCCUUUCGUGGCUGUUGUUUGGACUAAUCUUCUGGCUGAUAGCAAUCCAGCACGGAGAUUUAUUCAAUGAUGAAGAAAUAACACCCUGUGUUGCAAAUGUCCACAGCUUCACGGGAGCAUUCCUGUUCUCCCUUGAAACCCAAACCACCAUCGGUUACGGUUACCGCUGCGUGACGGAGGAGUGCUCCGUUGCAAUCCUCAUGGUUAUCCUACAGUCAGUAUUAAGCUGCAUUAUUGACACCUUCAUCAUCGGAGCAGCUUUGGCUAAAAUGGCCACAGCUCGAAAAAGAGCUCAGACCAUUCGUUUCAGCUACUAUGCUGUCGUUGGCUUAAGGGAUGACAAGUUUUGCCUCAUGUGGCGCAUCGGUGAUUUCCGCCCCAAUCACAUGGUCGAGGGCUCGGUACGAGCUCAGCUCCUGCGCUACAAGGAAGACAAGGAGGGGAGAAUGACGAUGGAAUACAAGGACCUGAAGCUGCUAAACGACCAGAUCAUACUUGUUACACCAGUGACAGUCGUACAUGAAAUUGAUAGCGAGAGUCCCUUGUAUGGUUUAGACCGGAAAGCUCUGGCCAAGGACAACUUUGAAAUCUUGGUCACGUUUGUCUACACGGGUGAUUCGACGGGAACUUCACAUCAGUCAAGAAGCUCAUAUGUCCCCAGAGAGAUUCUUUGGGGACAUAGGUUUAAUGAUGUCUUACAUGUAAAGAAAAAAUACUAUAAGGUGGAUUGCUUGCAGUUUGAGGAAACCACAGAAGUUUAUGCUCCUCACUGCAGUGCCAUGCAACUGGAUCGGAAGGAGCAAGAGUGGAACCGAACCGAGAAGACACGGGAAAAAGAAACAGAGACAUCAGCGCUGGAGAUCAAGUCAUUCAGUACUAGCCCAAAGUCAUUCAGUGCAGUUGCCCUCAUCACCAGCUGUGAAGAUCCAGAAGACCCAGUGACAACUGCCAAUCAGCCUUCCGAAGAAGCUUCUUAUCAGAAAGCAGCUGUGACCUUAAGUAGGCUCUCAAUAGAGUCCCAAAUCUAGCCUCUUACUGCAAUUAGAAUCACUUCCAACAAAUUCUCCCAUCAUAGCUUUUAGAAUAUAAACAAUGAACUCAUUUGCACGAGUAUUUAUAUUGCAAACCUUGCUGACAGCAUGUCCACAUUGUAACACAUUGCUGAGCUGUUAGAAGGAGCUUCAUGCUGGUUAGUGUGGGUAUCAAUAACAGAUUAACACAGGCACAAGAACACAGUUUAGAUUUGAGGUGACUAGACAGCUACUGUACUUAAGCAAACUUAUUGUAAACUUUAUUACCCUGCAGGGAUCGAUGCUGGACAUAGCCAGGGAUAGAUAAUGAUCCAGGCAGGGAGCAAAACCAAUGUAGUGUGCCCUCUAGGUCAGACUUUUCAAAGCUGCCUAAUUAAUUUGGAAAGCUGGUUCCCAGUCUUCCUAGGAAGCUCUAAAACUCCCCCACCAUCACAACAGGCAAUGACUCUUUCCUUGCACCUCUCUAGCAGUUCAAAUGAAGCCUUCACCCCAGGGUAACACUGGCGAGUCUAUGGGGCUGUCCUUUGUAGAAGGGAGUGAACUGGUAAGAGCUACUGUACCCAGUGUUACUGAGGAGCUUUGGAAACCUAUUUAUACUCUGCCUGGUCCUGUGGGAUCCACAGUGGGUUCCUGGAGAGCUUUUCUCACUCUCCCAAGUGCCAUGUGGUAUAUCAGCUGGUUUGGGGCUGCAUGAAGGUUUUGUUACGUGGCUCUGACUGGCUCAAUCUGGCUCCAAACUGUCUCAGUUGAGCUGCUCUGAAAUCAAAACGAGACCUCAAGUUUCCAACCCAAAUCAGCAAAAUCAGGUUGAGCCUCAGAGAGAAGAUCAUGUUUUUAGAGUGAGCACUGUGAUAUCUUAAAUAAGAACGCCUUUCAUUGCAGAAUGUCAGCCUCACUUUCCCUUUCAGCAUAUUAUGCUGCUUUAAAAAGACAAAAAUCAAUUGGAGACCGAGCAGAGUGAUUUUUGUCAACAUGAAAUAUUUUCAUUCAUCUGAAAUGACUGUGUAGAAAUGAUCCUUCACAGAGAAAUUCAACAUCCUCAGCUGUCAGCUUGAUUUGGGGGGGAAAAAGAACGAUGGAAAAUGUUAAGGUUUUGAAGUGCCUGUGACAUGGAAGUUCCACGCUCUGCACAUCUCUGUCGGUACUCAACACAUCUCAUCAUGCUUUUUUUUUUCCCCCUGAUGAUUGCAGUUGAUUUGCACUGUGUUUAAUUGCUGUGCUGAUGUAAAAAUCAUUAUCUCUGAAUUCGUGGUUGCCAGAAAUGGGAUUUAUCUCACCUGACUUCAGUCGUCAAGAAAUACAGCGUGUGCCCACUGGUCAAGGCUCUCUGUGGUUACUGGAACUCUUCAGUGGGAGGUUGAUCCCAUCUUACUCCGGCUUCUCAGGGGGCUGAAGGCAACGAGAUGUGUUUAUCCUGGAAAUGCUCAUCCCUCCCCGCUUACUGUUGAAGGAGAUGAGAUGACUGUUGUGGAAAUGCUAACUUUAGGCUGCUAAAAUUAGGUCUGACGAGUCAUUCACAUCAUUCUGACUAACUACAAGUUUUUAUGAGCUCAUCACAUUUAAUGAAGAAACCAGCGUGCUGAACCUUAAUUUCCUGAAAUUUACUCUCUAUAGUAGUAUUGCUGCAUUAUUUUAAUGUCUCUUGCAUUCCCAUUUUGCUAGCACUUGUCUUUGGGUGUAUGUGAUCCCUUUAGGUAAACCCCAGCCCAGUAAUAAGCCUGGAGGGAGGUGGUUAUUCUGAAGCUCAUUAAUUAGCCUGUUUUAUAUGCUGAAUCAUCAGCAGCAUCCAUCUAUAACUGCAGUAGAAAACAUCUUACUGUACCCUGGAUUUGAGCACUGGCAGGCAUUGGGGAAACAGUUUGAAAAAACCCCUGAAUGUAGGGGAAGGAAUGUAGGAAAAUGUAUAUGGGGCUCAGUACUUAUGUGGUGUUGGAAAAGUCUCCAUCCGGAUUGUAUAAAGGAGAAUAUAACCUCCAAGACAUGUGAAGUAUCUUUCCACACUUCUCUGUCUUUGAGAGACCUUGGCUGGGUUACUCUGUUCGAUGUUGGGUGCCACACUUUGGGAAUAAGCAACUUGAAGAGAAUCUGGAGACCUAGAAAACAUGUCAGUGAGGAAGAAGGGAAAUAACUGAAGGUGUUUCAGUCUGGGGAAAAAAAGGUAAGGAAAUAAGCAGUUCUCAAACAAUACAGUUCUUGUGUAUCUGGUGGGUAGGACAGGACAACACGGGCUUAAACUGAAGCCAAAGAGAUUGAAGUGUAUUAGGAAACACUGCCCUAAGGCAGGCAAAGCACUGACAAGUGGGGGGGUAUGGGGUAUGUGACCUCUGUGGUGCUGGCUCUUGGGAGGUGGUGGCCAACCUUGCUGUGAACAUUCCAACCCUGUUUUUUUCUGUAAUCCUAUGACUUUCAGAAAAAGGGUUUAUAUCAGACAUAAAACCUCAACUGGUCACUUUACAAGUACUUACAUGCGUUUAUUUGCUUAUUCACAUAGGCAAAGCUACUCAGAGAGACGGGAUGCUACUGACAUACGUAAUCAAAACCCCACAAAUGUUUUCCAAAGGUGCUUCUUUCAGGUGCUGUUUGUAAAAGGAGUCUCCCCUAUCAAGCUGUGAAUCUCAGCUGCCUUUCCCUCUCCCGGUUCUGUACUGAGUGAGCCUCUUGCGGUGAAGAAAUUCUUUCCUUGGAAUGACUUUCCUGUAAGUGAAAGUACCAGGAGUCUGAUUGAGCCUUUUGUCACGUGCUUCUUGGUAUAGAUAGAUAAAAACACGUGAGCAUGUAGAGUAAUGUAUGCUUUGGCAUGGGAGUCAACCACUAACUGAUGAGGGUCAGGAAGAAACUUCUCUCCUGGGCAUGUUAAUUCAUAACAGGCUACUAUACAGUUUCUUCUACUUUUAUCUACAGCAUCUGAUACCAGCCAGUGCUGGAGACAGGAUACUGGUGGAACCACAGGUCUCAACCAGUCUGGCUUUUUUUUCCUGGGUUUCUCUGAUGUUUUAAUUCUAUUUAUCACAGUAUAAAAACUAUGUAUAGUAAUGUAGAGUGAAGCAUGCAUUGCAUUUUUAUGGAUAAAGACACAGCAAUAAAGAACA